UGCCUGCGUCGUCCUGACAGCUGCUUUAAGACUGACAUGAGCAGAAGAUCGAAAGGUGAAAAAUCAGAAAUGUGUGACCAUCAAGAAAAAAACAAGAGCAAAAAGCCAGAUGUCAAAGGUCACACAAUGAAGCAGCACCACUCCAGACAGGACCAUCGUCAUCCCCAUCAUAAUCAUCAUCAUCAUCCUCAUCAUUCCCACCAGUCAGACGAUGACGACUCUCAGGACACACGUUCCACAGCAGAAGACAGCUUGCUCAGUGAUCAUCAGCGUCCUUUUCACCAUUACCACCACACCCCCCGCCAUCGCCGGCUCUCUCUUUCCGAAACGUCUUUCACGUCUUCAUUCGGAUCCUCCUCGUCCUCUUCAUCGACAUCGACCUCAUCUUCUUCGUCUUCCUCAUUCUCUCACUCCUCCUCCUCCUCGUCGGCAUCUUCCUCCAGUCUGUCUUCCGAGAGCAGCAGCGAAGGUUCUGGAAAACUUCUCCUGAGGAGGCCUCAGCACUCCUUGUCUUGCACGGACAUUUCAAGGAAGCCCAAGUCUGUCCAGGACUCUUCGAUCGGUCAAGCAGAUUGUUUACCGAAGCAGAAAUCCAAGUCUUCCGACAACGGCGCUCAAAAGAAGACACAAAAGAAUGCGAUUAGAACAGCAAAUGAUGGCAAUUUCCGCAAAUCCAAAUCGAUGGAGGCGCUCACGAGCCGCGCGGAAGGAGGAGAAGACGCCAGCGAGGAUGAAAAAGAACUGGAAAAAAGAAAAAUCCUAGUCAAACAAAAUUUAUUGAAAGAGAAAAUGAAGUUCUCCGCCUUCCUCAAUGAGAUCACCCGACAGGUGCUCAGCCCAAUGAGACUCACCACCUUAGGGGUGACGGAUGCACAGAAACAAACCGAAUCCGUCAAAUCCGGGACGUUGGAGAACAACCAGAGGAGUCGACCUGUCAGCGCCGGCUCUGCCAGCUCCAGCACUCAGCUGCCCAAGUCCAAAUCCUCCCACCGCCGCCACCGCUCGCCGGACCCCAGCCAGCGCAUGCAGCCCAGUCCCAAAAGCUGCCCGGAAAGACGAUCGUCACGGUCGCAAACUUCUCAGCAUCGCUCCAAUUCCCCGUCUUGUAAACGCCACCAAGGGAAUCGUCGCCAGCAUCACCGCGGCGACUCCGACAGUUAUCGUCAUCGCGACGCAAGUCCUCACCGCCAUCACAGAUACUACAGUCCUGUCUUUUCUGACCAUGGAGACCAUGAUGGUUCCACUCAUCAUCAUCGCCAUCGCCAUGAAGACAAACAUGAUGGAGAGCGAUACAGCCCGGAUGAUCACCAUCGUCGCCAAGACUCUGCUGCUCGACACCACAAUGACCAUCAUUUCCAUUAUCGCCAUGGAGAUCACUAUUUUACCUCUCGUCCCUGUGACGAGCACCACGACCGAACCCCGUCUCAUCAUGAACUUCCCAGCAGGGCAUCAUCACAGCACCAUGACAACCACUUAAAUACAAAACGUCCCGUUACGCCACGUCGAGACUACAGAGACCGCCUCUACCCUAAACAUCACCACCGGGGUGACCAACAUGGCUUUGCUCCGCGUCACAAUUCCGAGGAGCAACAUCAUCACGGUGAUCAACAACAAAGUGUCAUCCAUCACCAACAUCCACACCAGCGAGGUCAGGCUAAAGAUCACCAUGGAGACCACCGCAGUUCAGGUCGUCAGCAUCAUCAUCAUCAUGGAAACCACCAGAGUCUAAACCAACAUCAUCACCAUGGAGAUGACCUCAACGAGGAGCAGCAGCCUGAUGACGAGGAAAGUUUGUGUCAUAAGCACCGGCAGGGCGAUAAUAACCAUCACCAUGGAAACAAACACGUUCAGCAACACCGUGAAAACCAGCUCCAUCAACACAGUCAUGGAGAACACCACAGUCCAAACAGUAGAGAUCAAAACAAUCACAACAGUCAUCAUGAGCAUGAAGAACACCAAAGCCUGCACCAUCCUGAGUCGCAGCAAAACAAAGCCAACCCCAAAAACAACAACAACAACAAGGACCCCCACACUGACGUUAAAAGUCUGCCUGCACACCAGAAGAACUCAAGCAGGAACAUCAGCAGCUUCUGCAGUCAAGAAGAGGAGCAAACUGACUUCACCGGGCCUUCAAUACCACAAGAAAGGACACGUGAAACGGGAAAGAUGAUGCUCCUCCAAAAAGACAGUGAAGGUCUCCACCAGAGUUUGUUGAACUCAGCAGUCCCGAUGGAAUGUUUUGGAGAGCUCCUAAGCGGCCAGAAGCUUUUAGAAGAGGAGCUCCAGAGGACACGUCUGGAAUUGAGCAACCUCACAGAGAAUUUUAAAAUCCUUCAUGUGAACUGUUCAUCCACGCAACAGACAAACAACCUUCUAGAACAAAAGCUGAACUCUGUGACUCGGAGUAUGGAAGGGGAGCGUGAGAGGUUAAGCAGACGUAUUUCAGCAUUGACGGAACAACUAGCAGGUGCCACAUUUUCUAACGAUGUGGACGGAUUUAAUGUAAAGUCUGUGUUGAUCAAAAGCAACGACCAUUUUCAUCGGGAUGAUGCCAUCAUUCAGGGGAUCCUCCCCAUCGCCCCUCCUCCCAUCCAAUUCAUGGACAGUCAAAACUACGAAAAGGUCAAAGCAGGGGGCCAGGAGCAAAGUCUAGGAUCGGUUCCAGAGGAGGAGGAGUCAGACUGGUCAGAAAUGGGGGAAGACAUCCCGCAAUUUCUACUGAACAGCGGCCAAGCAUGGCGGCACAGGGAAGGAGACGUGGACAAAGACAGCGAGUCGGGCGGCGAGGAAAUAUCCCGACGCCACUCUCCUCGACCUCUGCAGAUACCCCAUCUCCAGUUCACAAUUCACAAUGAGAUUUUACCCGUCGCACCAACCAAUGCAUGCCCCUCCGGCACGACUGGCGAGGGCACAUUUAGGGUCACCACAAGUCAGAAUCUUGGUUCCACGAUUCUGAUGAGGUCGGCCAGCCUGGAGGAAAUCCCUCUCUUAUGCCAGCAAAUGCCAAAAGAGCUGAGAGGCACGGAGGCCAUGAUGGACCUCCACCACCCUGGAGACGAAUCUGUCGAGGAUCUGGAUAACGAGAUUAUUCAUCAUUGGAGAAUAAGCAACGAAAGGGAUGGGACGGCAUUGGAGGCAGAAAGCGCUCCGUGUAGUCUGCAGUCAGUCGAACAGAUGCUCGACCACUUCAUGAGCGAGCCAAAGAACAGUGAAGGAAGGUGUCAGGGAUGGACAGGAGGAAUGGCAGAAGAGGUGUUUGGAGGGGAGCAAACACAACUGUGAAGCCACUUUAUUGAGCAUUUUUCUUCAGUGAGGUUUUAAAAGAAAGUAAAACCAAUAGAAGGGGUUAUGAUUGUCACAAACAUACAAACAUCUGCAUCAUUACGUACAACUGAACAGAGAACAAAGACAUUAAUCAUUAUUUAAUAUAACAUGUUUAUUGUAGCACUAGUUUGCUGUGUAAAUAGAUCAGGACCAUGGAUAGCUGCAAGUACCCAAUACUGUAUCAUCACUUAUGAAUAUUCAUGUAUAGUUAUUACGGUAGUUAUAUAUUAAGGCACUGUUGACUAUCUAAUGCAAACCUUUAAAUGUUAAGUAAAUGGUAAAUGGUAAAUGGGUCGUACUUGUAUAGCGCUUUUCUACCUUUUUAAGGAACUCAAAGCGCUUUGACACUAUUUUCCACAUUCACCCAUUCACACACACACAUUCACACACUGAUGGCAAGUACAGUCUACUAAUCCACCCAACUAAACCAAGCUCAACUAUUUGCCCACAAUAGCAUUAAAUGAAGAGACCUGGUUGCCACAUUUGGCUCUACACGCCUUGACGUGCAAGAGGACUAAAGAAAGAAGGAAGACAGUCUAUUAAAAUCUUGUAAAAGUAGCUGUCAUGAUCUGGCAGUUCUGCUGCAGCCUGUCUGCUUUUUGUUGCAGUGCCUGGUUUUCGGGUCACACCUGAUACUCAUUUCUUACUGACUACUUAAGUUCUCCAGUUCAUUCACUCUGCGCCAGUAGAUUCCUGAUGGUUAACCCUUCCAGUCGUGUUCAUCUCCUCUGCUUUGGCUCUACUCACGUUUCUCGUUUAUGUGGCCGUGUAGUGUUGACUGUUUCCUCUCUACAUCUUUUGUAUGCGUUUUCCGUUUCUUAAGACCUUUUGUUUGCAUCCUUCGUUGUUUUUCCUCACUCCUUUUUGAAUGUGCUUUUUGUUAUUAUUGUUAUUGUUUCUUCUCUACAUUGGGGUCCUAAAGCCAAUCGUGACAGUAGCCUAACGUUAAACACGUUUGUGAUAUACUGUAUGUAGUAAUAGUAUGUUUUGUUUUUGUAAUAGACCUACUGUACACUUGUAAUAUUAAUAUCAACCUAAUGUGUGGUAAAAUAUGUUUCCUCUGUGAUGUUAAUAAUUAGAGAAUACAGUAUAUAAUACACAAUUGCUUACAUCUGGCCAUGUACUACUAAUACAAUUACAGUCUAAUAAAGACACUAUUAAAAUCCAUGAUGUGCUUUUUGUAAGCUACUUUUUGAACGCAUUCAUUCACGCCUAAAGAUUAAUAACUUUUUAAUACAAUACCAACACUGUAAAAAUAUUACCAGGCUUCCACAGCAUUUAACAUUAUUUUUUUCAGAAUGAUAUACUGUAAUCAAAAUUUGCUGUAACAUUACAACAAAUUACUGUGAAAAGUAUUAGUUUUUAUUGUUCAACUAAGUAUCCAUCAAUCCAUCUUUUUCCGCUUACCGUAGAUCAUGUCGCGGGAGAAGCAACCUAAGCAGAGAAGCCCAGACUUCCCUCUCCCCAGCCACUUCGUCCAGUUCCUCCCUGACCCAGCUGGGAGACAUAAUCUCCCCAACGUGUCAUGGGUCUUUGCCGUCUAGUUACUUAUUUAAUUAUUAAUCAUUAGUAUGCUGUUAAAACGAGAGAGUAAUUAACAAUAAAAUUACAACUGUGAAUUUAUAGCAUUUAGUUGAAACCUUUUUGUAAUUAACUGUAAAAUCACAGCUCUGCUGUUACAGUAAAUUGCUGUAAAGAUAAUUCCCAGCAAAUUACUGUAAAUGUUACUGUGAAAGUAAUGCAAUUAUUAGCCAGUACUUUGCUGGAAAUGCAAAAUAAACUGUUUUUUUUACAGUGAACUGUUCAAGUGGGUAAAAAAUGUUUUAUUUGCGACAGUGAUUAUGAUGUGAAAUAUAUUCUAAACUUUACCAAUGCAAAAUAUUAUGUCAACAAAUGAUCAAAGAGAACACCUGGAAUAAAAUAAUACAUUAUUGAAAUGGACAGACUUUUUUGCUUAGCAAACUUGACAAACUAAUUGUCCUUAUUACAUAUGAAUUAUAUAUUGUACUCCUCUUUUAUCAUUUUGUAUCUUUUCACUAUUUGUAUGUGAUGUUUAUUGUACUUGUUUGUGUAUAUAUGCAGUAGUUAAUUUCUAAUAGUAUUGCAUUCAAGUUUGUAUGUUAUUACAUAAACCCAAUAAAGAAG